UGACCGUCUAGAGACCAGCCAAGACAAAGGCAAGGAAGACCAGACUGGCUGGGGCGGGAUACGUAGGGGAUGAGAAGGUUGGGAGAGUAAAGUUUGUUUCGAGGGUGAUGGGAUUUGAUUUGCUUUGAAUUUCCGCGUGGUUAGAGCUUGGACUGGACGACAAACACGUUUUCUCCUUCAGGUUGAGAGAUGAUGUUGAUGGCGGUGAUGAUGUUGAUGGCCGACGACGACGGACAAAUAACAGAAAUGGAAGUGGUUAGCAGGGACGGAGUACCGAUGCAGAAGGGAGAAAAUAGACCGAAGGAAAGAAGAUCAAGGCAAGACUGGGAUUAGCGUGCAGAGAAUAGUAAAUGAAGGAGAGGAAGGGGAAGGGGAAGGGGGAAAUGCAGCAAGCAAGCAGCCUGUCAGCCAGGAACUACUCAGGAUGGUGCAGUGCAAUGCAGUUUUGGGAUGGAAGAGGAGAAGGAAAAGAUGGACAGGGAAGAGAGAAAGAGGGGAAAAAGAAUAAAAAUAGGUGGGAAUUGAGUAAAAAAAGGUCUGAUCCUGGUCACAUCCCAGCAGCAUUGGUUCUUCCAGCCAGGGAUUGGAUGCUGCAGGGGGUGACGCUUUUCAUCACAUCGCAGCAGAAAAGUCGAUCCAUCCGAGCCCGAUUGAUUGGAUUUGUUGUGCCUUCAUAUCAGGAGAUUUCCAAGGAGAUUCCAGUUAACUGCCAUGAACUGCCCCAUUCCCGGUGGGCAAAGCCAUGCGGGGCUGCAGAAUUGUCACAAAUACAAUCAAUCAAUCAAUCAAUCAAUCAAUGGGUUUACCCCAUACCAUUGUUACCAUGCCAUCACCAUCACCAUCACACAAACACUCGGAUAUUCAGAUAGACAGGCAGGCAGACAAACAUCUGAUGCUUCUUCUUGUGAAG